AUGACAUCAUCAGCCUUCUACAGAGUAAGGGAGGAAGUGCGACAGUACGUCAUAGGUCCUCCUGGCCCUGCUGGACCUCCUGGCAUCCCAGGGAUCCCAUGGAGAGGAGGCUAUGGCUUUAAUACCCAUGAGGUGGCUGGACGAGUCCUCAAUCUAAUGAAUGAGCAGGGUAUGGUGGGCAUGCUCGGACCCCCUGGACCUCCUGGCCCACCAGGCCUACCUGGGUCCUACAGUGACAUCUCUUAUCUUCUGCAAAAUGCUGAAUACAGAGGUGUCUUGGGCGCUCAGGGGCCUCCUGGUCCACCUGGUGUCCCAGGCCCUGCUGGCCCUCAAGGCCCUGCCGGCCCUUCAGGACAGGCCCCCUACAGCAGCUCGGGAUACAGGCUGGAGGAGGUCAAGGACUACAUACAGAGUGAUGGUAUAAGAAGGGGAAUGUUUGGGCUUCCAGGCCCCCCAGGUCCCCCUGGAUCCCAGGGACACAAGGGAGAGCAGGGUAGCUCUGGGUACGGCCACGCCUUCGACCACAGGACCAGCGAGGGAAGAAGGCUGGCUGAGACUGAGACAGACUACUCCAAUAUAGCGGUACGAGUGACUGACUACAUCAAGUACCAUGGUCUGUUGAGGGACGUGGUUGAGAACCGGUCUCAGCUGGAGAAGUCACAGGUUGUACAAGGACCCCCAGGACCCCCUGGCCCUCCCGGUGCGCCAGGAUUCAGCCGUGUGUUUGGUUCCCAUAGUAACGUCACUGACCUUAUGGAAUACAUCAGAGCCCAUGGAAACAUUGUGGGACCCCCUGGAAGGCCAGGACAGAAAGGGGACAUAGGACAUACAGGUCACAAAGGAGAGAGAGGAGAACACACACUCGUGACCAACAGAAGAAAGAGGAAUGUUGGUGUUUGAGAAACAAGUGAUUGAUAAAUACUCAUUAAAGGUGAAUGAAAGUCCAAUGAAAUAUGUCAUGAGCAUACAUGACUGUGGCCUAAUGCCUUGGAGACAUUACCGAUGUAAAUAUAUCGUUUUCUAUAGGAGAAACUGUUGACCGGGACAGUAUUCCAUGCGCUGAUAUAUUGUGUUGUGUCAAAGAUGUCUUUAUGAUCUAUUUUUACUAGUGUUUGAUCUGGAGUAUGUUUCCAAAUCCCCUCCUUGCAUGUUGAUAGCAGGAAUAGUUCAACUAUGUGUUGAAAAAUAGAACAGGGUGUGCUAUUUUUAUUCAAUAGCUUUUGUCCCAUUAUCGUUAUUGUACUUUUGUACUUGAGGAAAAACACAUUUCGUAUAUCGAACGAAACUCAAACCAUUGUCAAAAUCUCCUUUCAAUGUACUGGUAUCACUUUAUAAAAAUAAAGGUUGGUUUAACUUAU